AGCCUAAACAUGGCGGUCGCUUUCAAGAACACACCUCAUAUUUGUCUAUAUACGAGAGAUCCCUACUCGACUACACUGCUCAAAACAACAAAGCACGAUCAUGGCUAAGUUAAAGAUCAUAGUCUCUGCGACGAGCUUGUUCUGCACGAGAAUCGAGUGGGCUCUAAAACUGAAGGGCCUGGAGUACGAGCUCACUGUUGAAGACUGGGACAAAGGGAAGAGCGAAUUGCUUUUGAAGUCGAACCCGGCACACAAGAAGGUCCCGGUGCUUUUGGACGAUGGGGUCGCGAUUGCAGAGUCGAAAGUGGUUCUGGAGUACAUCGAUGAGAAGUGGAAGGGAGGUGAUUUUUAUCCGUUGUUGCCUCAAGACCCUUAUGAGAGAGCUCAAGCUCGUUUCUGGGCGCAGUUUGCUGAUGACAAGUGUGCCUUCGGCACUUGGGGAGCCUGCCGUGCGGAAGAUGCCCUGGAAAAGGAGAAAGUGGUGCAGAUUGCAUUAGAGUCUUUUGCUUGUCUCGAGAAGCAGAUCGAAGGGAAGAAGUUCUUCGCGGGAGACAAGAUAGGUUAUUUGGAUCUUGUGGCCGGCUGGAUCCCGCAUUGGCUUGGCGUCAUGGAAGAAACUGGAGGCAUUAAGGUACUUGAUGCUGAGAGGUUCCCAUCCCUUCAUGAAUGGGCACAAAACUUCAUCGAAAUUCCGCUGAUUAAGGAAUGUGUUCCACCUAGAGAUUUUCUGGUUAACUAUACGACUGCUCGCCUGAGCUACGUGCGUUCCUUAGCACCAAACAAGCCAUAGAACACACCCUUCACUUUCCCUCCAAGUGUUGCUCUGUUUUUCUCCCCUGUUUUCCUCUCUUAUGCUUGUAACCUUCUGAUAUGGCGCAAUAAUAUAUUUAUAAUCAGCUUUCUCUUGGGA